AUGGCCGUCACUUGUGAAGUUCGAGAGCCCGUAUACCCUGUCUUCCCCCGGGACUCCUCACACGAGACUCCAGAGGCCAUCGAACAAUUGACGACAGGUCAAUUCCGUGUCAAUCAUCCCGGGGAUAUUGCAGUAGGAAGUGCGACUGCCAAUGCAGCGGCAGCGCUCAAUGAGUGGUAUCCCCAGCUCGGGGCGCUCAUCUUGCAAUGGACGUCUCGAAAUGGAGCACUUGUCCAGCGCGAGGCCGAAGCUGAGCCACUAAUCUUCCCAAUGGGACGAAGCCUUUUCGCCACCCCCCCCAACCGAGUCGCCAUUGUUUUCGCGCUCAACAGCAAGAAUCAGUGUGCCGGGGCCGCCAUCGCCAAAGGCAUGGCUCGCAGGGCAGCCAUCCGGGCAGGCCUGCACCUUGAUGAUGACGAUGAGGAGCCGAGAGCCCGCUGGAUGGUCCGAACAAGGGUCGAUGAGACUCAUGUGCUAGAGCAGCCAGUCUCCGUCCGGUCAGGGGAUUCCGUGGUCCUGUCUCCGGGCCAGCAAAUUUUCGAGCUGCAUGAGGAUGGCAGCGACCAGCAGAUGUCGGUCAUUUGGACCGAGCAUCAGCUGUACGCUGACCCAACGCCAAGGGAGGAGUCGGACGGGGAGCUGACCGAGGGUGACUUGGCCGAGGAGGAGCAGGGUGAGGAAACGCUGACGGUGAAGGAGUAG